AUGCCUAACUCAAGUGAGCAGUCGCAUUUUGGUGGCUCUCUGGGCCAGCGUGGCCCUGAAUGGAUUGAAGGCCAAAACGACAGGGCUGCAAGUCGCUGUCACUACUGUGGCACCAUUGCGGGACGUAGGAAUUCUCUGGCACUGGCUGGGAGAGACGUUGGAGUGAUGUUUCACCAUCACGUAGAUCUUGGAGAGAAACAGGAUCCAGUCCUCCAGGCCCCCCUGUACAGGCAUAUCCAGCAGGACCAGCAGGGUCAGCAGCUACUGAGGAAAAACUCUGUGCCCGAUCUUAGCAGCAGCUUCUACCUCAGGCAAGUGAUGGCAGGCAGAGCCUCUGCAUCACCACAGGAUUACUACCUGGCUGACGCUACCUUAUCUGGUCAGCCACCUGAAGAGCCUGGCUUUUAUAGGGAUAACCAGCACCACCUCACCAGAUCAGCCCUGCAUUAUGGGCCCAGUGCUGGGGCGGUGAGGCCUAUCUGGGAUCAAGGACAGGCAAGAGCCACACCUUCCAUGCUGGCCUCUGCCACUACACCUAGUCCGGCGCCUCCCCCCCCCUCACCCCCUCCCCCGCCUCCUCCGCCACCUCCUCCCCCUCCUCCCCCUCCUGUUCACGAGCUGAGCUGUUUGUACAGGGAAACUCUGGGAUCUAAGAUGAUCCCAGACGUCCAGCGUAUUGGUGGUAGCUCUCCUGCUUCUGAAGUCUACGGGGUUCAGCCCCCUCUUCCUGUUUACGCUGCUGAGCCACCGUCUCUCUCUCCGCGCCAAGCUUAUUACAAUAUCAACAGCUUGCCCCUGGACUCCUGCCAACGGGCUGCCACCAGUUCAGUGGUGGACGCAGCUUCUCAGGGAAUGGACGGAGCUCUCCCUCGGGUUUAUGGAGCUGUAGCCUCCCAGAGGCUGCCUUACGACCCAAACUAUGACCCCAGCUCAGCCAUGGUGCCUGCCACAGCUGGAGUGACCUCCAGCCUGCCUCUUCACCAUCCCAGUGCUGCAGACCCCAAGAAGAUGGUGGACCCUGCCUUCCUGGCUUUCCUUCGAGCUGAAGGCUUGGCUGAGAGCACUAUCACUCUCCUGCUGCAACAUGGCUUUGAUUCCACUGCCAUGCUGGGGAUGAUGGAGGACCAUGAUGCCCGCUCUGUGGCCCCUAACUUGGCCCAGGCCCGUGUUUUGUCGCGUGUGGUGCUUGGUUGCAAGACAGGUGGGACAGUACCACGUACACGAUCCAACAGCUUCAGCCAUCGCAAUGACCUGUACAUGCAGCCCCAGGGUUUGACCAUGGACCCUGGCCUGAUGCAGCAACCUCCCACCACCAUCCAGACCGUGUCCCCCAGGAUGGGAGAAUUUCUUGGCAGAAGACCUAGCAGUGCACCCUCCCAACAUCUCCUGGAGACCACCACCUACCCAGUGGCACGGUCCCUGGCAAGUGGAGCUUUUUCAGUCAGCCCUGGAGGAUAUAGCAGUGCUGGGACUCAGGGACGCCCCUUUUCCAUGUACAAUGCCCACACCGGUCUUGCCAUGUCUGCUCUUGGACAACAGCCUCCACCAGCUCCGGGCACCCCUGGAGCAGCACCCAAAACCUUCUCUGGCUCCUAUUCCCCCAUGGAGCUGAUGAAGAGAGCCCCCAACCUUCCCCCAGCAUCGCCAGUAGCAGCACCAAGCCCUCUUCACAGCCCCCAACUUCUCCGGAAAGGAAUCAAUGCUGCUCCUGAGAGUAACAUUGUUCCCGCAACUUCUUCCUCCACUCUCCAUGCGCAAAAUCUUAACAAUACCAAGCUAGUAGGACGUCGCACUGGUCCACCUGUCAUAGUCUCAACCAUGGCCACCACACCUGACACAAGUAUUCGGCCCCAAAUCAUGAAUGGGCCAAUGCAUCCGCGCCCCCUAGUGGCGCUGCUGGAUGGGCGCGACUGCACCGUGGAGAUGCCCAUCCUGAAAGACUUGGCAACUGUUGCGUUCUGCGAUGCCCAGUCCACACAGGAGAUACACGAGAAGGUGCUCAAUGAGGCGGUUGGCGCUAUGAUGUACCACACCAUCACCCUGACCAGAGAGGACCUGGAAAAGUUCAAAGCUCUGCGCAUCAUCAUCCGCAUCGGCAGUGGCUACGACAACAUCGACAUCAAAGCUGCCGGAGAGCUGGGAAUCGCAGUCUGUAACAUUCCCUCGGCAGCCGUGGAGGAGACAGCAGACUCCACCCUGUGCCACAUUCUCAACCUUUACCGGCGAAACACCUGGCUCUACCAGGCUCUCCGGGAGGGCACGCGGGUCCAGAGUGUGGAGCAGAUCCGCGAGGUGGCAUCCGGUGCCGCCCGCAUUCGUGGCGAAACCCUUGGCCUCAUCGGCUUCGGUCGUUCGGGCCAGGCGGUGGCGGUGCGAGCCAAGGUUUUCGGCUUCAACGUCAUCUUCUACGACCCCUACCUGCAGGACGGCCUGGAGCGCUCGCUGGGCGUCCAGCGCGUCUACACCCUGCAGGACCUGCUCUACCAGAGCGACUGCGUCUCCCUGCACUGCAACCUGAACGAGCACAACCACCACCUCAUCAACGACUUCACCAUCAAACAGAUGCGUCAGGGUGCGUUCCUGGUCAACACUGCGCGGGGCGGUCUGGUGGAUGAGAAAGCCUUGGCCCAGGCCUUGAAGGAGGGUAGGAUACGUGGAGCUGCCUUGGACGUCCACGAGACGGAGCCCUUCAGUUUUGCCCAGGGCCCGCUGAAAGACGCUCCGAACCUGAUCUGCACACCACACACAGCCUGGUACAGCGAGCAGGCCUCUCUGGAGAUGAGAGAGGCGGCUGCCACCGAGAUCCGAAGAGCCAUCACCGGCCGUAUCCCCGACAGCCUAAGAAACUGCGUCAACAAGGAGUUCUUUGUCACCACGGCACCAUGGGCAGUUAUGGAUCAACCAGGUGUUCACCCUGAGCUCAACGGCGCCGCCUACAGAUACCCGCCGGGUGUGGUUGGAGUGGCUCCGGGCGGCAUCCCGGGGGCGUUAGAGGGUAUGGUCCCGGGUGGGGUGCCCAUCGCCCACACCCUGCCCUCUGGUACACACCCCUCCCAGGCCCCGUCGCCCAACCAGCCCUCCAAACACGGCGAGACCAGAGAGCACCUCACCGAGCAAUAGCAGCAGAAGGGACACGAACGGCAACAUCUCAUCCGACCCGUCGACACUCAGAACCAACUAAUCACAAAGCAACAGACCAACUGGGACCAAGAGACAGUGAAACAACACAAGCGGCUGCCUGUUAAAUCAGUCGGCAACUGGGAACAAAAGAAGUGUUCCGGGGAAUUUGUACUUUUAACGUUUUAGUUUUUACUCUCUCUGUCUCUUUGGGUUCAGUACCGACUUUACUCUUUGAUGAUGAUGAUGUUUUUUUUUUGUUUUUCUUCGGGACAAGCCUAUGAUUGUGGACACAGAGUCCAGUGUUUUUAGCGCUCCGGGAUAUCCUGAUGAGACUCUGUCCCGUCCCCCCGCCCCGUACACCUCAGAGCUCAUGGGAAACGUAGGCCCACAUCUCAACACACCAACAGGAGAACAAGAGAAAAAAACUUUGGCAUCACGUGCUACUGGACCUGAACCCCCCACCC